UUAAAUACAUGUCGGAAAACUACCGCUGUGUAGCCUAGCCGGAUGCGACGGUGCGCUCCACGUUGGAUUUUCUACACCGCGGGCGGUGUAAAAGAAUUUCCCUUCUUUACAUUUGCCUUCCAACGUAACCAGCCCCCACGCCGGCAGCGGAGGAUGGGAAUCCCGGAGGACGUACCCUUCUACGCCUCCCUCCUCGACCGCUGCGCCGCCGCCCGUGACCUCCCCACCCUCCACCGAGCCCACGCCCGCCUCCUCGCCCUCGGCCUCGCCAGACACCGCUUCCUCCGGUCCAAGCUCUGCGCCUCCUACGCCCGCUGCCUCCGCCUCCGGGACGCCCACCUCCUUCUCUCCUCCGCCCCCUCCGCCCCAGCCUUCCUCUAUAACUCCCUCAUCCGCGCCCACGCCAAACUCGGGCGCCACGGCCCCGCUCUCCUCCUCCUCCGCCACAUGCUUUCCCACGGCCCGCUUCCCGACGCCCGCACCCUCGCCUCCGCCCUCCGCGCCGCCGCCGGCCUGGCCUCUCUACGCCUCGGCCGCCCUCUCCACGCCGCCAGUCUAGCCGCUGGCCUCGCACCAAAUCCCGUUGUCGCGAACUCCCUCGUCGCGAUGUAUUCCAAGUGCGGCGACCUCGCCUCCGCUCGCCACGUGUUCGACCGGAUGCCCCGUCGGACCCUCGCCUCCUGGACCGUCAUGAUCGCCACCUGCGGCACGCACGGACGGGCCGCCGAGGCGGUGGAGCUGUUCGGGCGGAUGCUGGAGGAAGGAGAGCUGCCAGACGCGGCGGCGAUGACGGCGGUGCUGGCGGCGUGCGCACGCGGGGGUCUGGCGGAAGCGGGGAGGCGGGUGUUCGAGACAAUGAGAGAGGGCCGGCUUGGUGACGUGCGCCCUGGGGUGGAGCACUACACGUGUAUGGUGGAUUUGCUCGGGAGAGAAGGAUACGUAGAGGAAGCGGAGGUGCUGUUGGAGGAGAUGGAGCAAGAGCCGGACGACGCGCUUUGGAGAGCGCUGCUGGGGGCGUGCCGGAUGCACGGGCGGUUGGACGUGGCCGAGAGGGUUGCGACCCGGGUCUACGGGAAGCUGGGUUGAGACCAGACCAGGUCCAUUUUGGGUUGAACCAGACUGGAGUUGGUCCGAGUUAAAAACCGGCCAAUUGGAUGGUUUUUAAGGAAAGCAGAAGCCACGACGAAUGUUGCUACCGGAGAAUAUGAGUUAGAAAUGCCGAGAAUUAUUUGAUUACUUUAAGGGGAGCGUGCGGCGUGAAUUUGCAAGCCAAAUCAACUCUCUGAUCUACAAGGCAUUCAUCAGCUACGAGGCUCAAACCGUAUGUCAGAUAGUCUUAGGAGUCGAGAUUACUUACCUCUGUAACUUUAAAGUUUUUUAAUUUCGAUAUUCUUGUGCAUCAUAA